UAUAUAUUAAUGGAUUACUCUAUUAAUUUUACAUAUUUCACUCUGGGAGGACAUGUGGAUUUACAGCAUUACAAAUAUGUUUAUUUUAUGAUUACUCUGAAAGCCUACAUAAUGAUUGUCUGCUUUAAUACAGUUAUCAUUUCUGUUAUAUGCAGAAACAAAUGUCUUCAUGAGCCCAUGUACAUUUUCAUCGCUGCUUUGCUUUGUAAUUCUCUCUUUGGAUCAACAGCAUUUUAUCCUAAACUGCUCAUUGAUUUGUUGUCUGAAACACAAAUUGUGUCUCAUGAAGCUUGUGUAUUUCAAGCAUUUUGUAUGUACACAUAUGCUGUAUCAGAGUUUCUGCUGUUAUCAGCUAUGGCCUUUGACAGAUAUAUGUCCAUCUGUAAACCAUUACAUUAUGCAACUAUUGUAAAAAUGCACAUUGUCAGAAAACUCAUAUUUUUUUCAUGUUUUUUUUCUUGUUGUACAGUUGGUGUAGGAGCUUUACUAGCAUCCCAACAUCAACUGUGUAAAUUUAAAUUGAACAGACUAUACUGUGAUCUUUAUUCUAUUGUGAAAUUAGGUUGUACAAGACCAACUGUUUAUAAUCUUUAUGGACUUGUUAUUGCAAGCAUUGCUGUGUUUCCUCCUGUGAUCUUCAUAAUCUACUCAUAUAUCAGGAUACUCUCUGUGUGUUUAAAGAAUUCUAAAGAUUUUCGAAGAAAAGCUUUACAGACAUGUUUGCCACAUAUUCUCGUUUUCAUCAUUUUUUCAGUCAAUAUUUGUUUUGAAAUUAUAAAUCACAGACUAGAAUCAAAUCAAAUCCCCCACAUUAUUACCAUGAUCAUGUCUGUUAACUAUGCACUCAUUCCUCCUUUAUUCAAUCCCAUAAUAUAUGGAAUAAAAAUGCAGGGGAUUUUUGAUAGUAUUAGAAGGCUGAUUUCAUGGAAAAGGAGGACUCAGAUUUCUUUUUAG